CAGCUUAGAUUAUGUAGAUUUUUUCCGGUCGUAGGACACUGCAAAAGUCAAAGGAAAGGAAGUCAGGCGCGAGCCAGGAGCCAAUCAGGUUCUCCCUCUCCCUCUUUGAGCGAAUCCGAAUUCGAAUCCGAAUCCAGUUCAUGACGAGACUACUACUACUACUGUCUACUACCACUCUCAUAUCUGUCACCUACUACGACUGCUCUGCUCUGCUGUUGCAGAGCCGCGCCCGAGCGCGCUCACGGCACCAUGACCACGCUCCUGUUGCGUGGCCUCCAUUAAGUUGAGCCUUUUGCUCUUUCUUCGUCUUGUUCCCUCCACAACUCUCCUAAAGCCUUCAAAGCGAGUAGCCAGCCAUUGACGGCCAUGGAGCUCCUCAGACUCCUCGCACAAGCUAAACAUGGGGGUGGUGCCUUUCCCCUUUCUUCCAAGCCCGCCUCCAUCUUCAGCUCCAGCGUCUCCACCACCGCUGACUUCGACGGCGACGGAGACAGCGAGGACGACGGCCCUUUCUUCGACCUCGAGUUCACCUUGCCGUUGCUGGAGGAAGAGCAACAUGUUCCAGAGAAGAAGCAACGGCAACAGUGCUCUGACGCGGAGUCGGAUGAGGAGGCCGACGAGUUCGAGCUGGCCAUGUCGCCUGAGGCCGCAAGGCGCGGUCUUGAAGGCGGAGGAAGCCUUCGCAGCGUGGCUUCCUUCUCCGACGACCUCUUCUUUAAAGGCCGCCUCCCGCUCGAGCCGGCUUCUCUCAGCGACUUUGCCGCGUCGGAGCCGAGGUCGUCGAGGCCUCAAAUUCACGCCUUUCUUAAAUCUGCCAUCAAAUUUCGCCCCUUCAAGCUGGGAUUUCGCCGGAAAUCGAAUUCGAGCGCGCCGCUGGCGAUCACCGCCGACAAGCAGUUCGUGAAGCAGGAAAAAGAGGAGGCGCCUCACUUCACCAGGGACAGCAGCUCCCGAAGCUCCUGCAGCAGCAGCUCCGACGCAAGGGGGCUCUCCAAGGACGUGCUCCAGCGCUACAUCAGCAAGAUCAAGCCGCUCUACCUUCGGAUGUCGAAACGGUACGGCGAGAAGCUACGUUUCUCCGGGCCGCUGGGGCCCAGUGGCGCCGGUAAGGUGCGGCCGGCCGGGGAGGCCGGCGAGGCUAGCGGCGGAGAACACCCGAAGGAUCAACCUACGGCAUCGAGUGAUUCCAAGGGAUCGUCGAAGGCUCAAGAUGCGAGCAUCCCGGCAGGACUGAGGGUGGUUUGCCGACGGCUGAGGAAGAGCCGGUCAGCGUCAGCCGCCGUCUCGUUGCCCUUGCCGUCGCUGGCGUCCGGGCGGCGCGACGACUCGCUCCUGGAGCAGCAAGACGGUAUCCAAAGCGCCAUUGCCCACUGCAAGCGCUCCUUCAACAGAGGUUCCGAGUCGCCGUUGACUCGGUCAAGAAGUGAUCCCGGCGACGGCAGAUCAGUAGAAUCUAGCAGCAGAAGCAGCUGCUGCAGCAACGUCGUAUGACCAUCGUCUGUUCGACAUUUUUUAUUAGAACAGAUGCAGAAAUUUAAAAUGCUUGACGUGUUUGUCAGUGGUUCACGAGAGAAACCCUGUUCUUUCCCUCGAUAAAUUUCCAUGUGAUGUUCAUAACCAGUAA